AAAGAAAAUUGUGAAAUGAAUAUUUGUGAAAAAGAAUGUUUAAAUGAAAUAUCUGAGUCAAGUUCGGUUACUGGCUCAAUAUUAGAUAAUUUUAAUAAUUGCGGCUGUAAGAAAAAAAAGGAAAAGAAAACCAUUUUUUACGAAAAAAAUGAUGUGUUGCCUUCGAAUUAUCUUGAUCAAACAAUAUUUCGGUUGUUAAUACCUGCAUUGGAAGAAACACUUAUCGAGGCAUCUAAACAAAAUGUUCUUCGGGUACAAAAAUGUCGUUUUAAUGGUAUCGAUUAUAUCGCAGAGAUUUUAUGGAAUCGUAAUCCACGUCGUUCGAAAAUAUUUUCACCUCCUCUAAAUGUAUUCCAAAUUCCAUCAUUUAAAGAUUAUUUGCGUGUUAAUCCUAGGCCAUAUUAUCCAAAAUCUUGGUUAUGGUCCGAGGAUGAAGCGGCAUUAUACAUACAAAGAUAUAUUCGUGGUUGGCUUGUAAGAAAACGCACGGAUAUUCAAGAAAUGAGACAAUUUUGGAAGGAUAUUGCGAUGAAAAAUCUCUUUGAUAAAAAGGAAAAUGAUAUUCUGCAAUCUCAAAAAUUUUUAAGUAUGGAUUAUUUGAAAUUUAUAUCAGUAAUCAUAUAAUUUUUAAUAUGAUAUUAAG